UCGAAGUUGCAUCUACAAUCCGGUUUAAAUUAUGCAAGUCAUACUUGUCCAUCAAUAACUGUUCUACCCCCUAGUAGGGCCCCUACUGCUCCUCCUUGACUGUUUGCAGUGCCAUACUGAAUGAUGUCCAGUUCCAGCAGUUCUGGAGAUCAUCCUCCUCACCGUUGUCUGGCUGAGUUCCUGCGCGGACUGCGUGAGCAGCAGUCGACAGGGACCCUGUGCGAUAUCGUCGUGCAGGGAUGCGAAGAGUCCGCGGUGGGCAUUCCCUGCCAUCGCAACGUCCUCAGCGUGCACAGCUCCUACUUUCGGGCCGUCUUGACGCAGGACUGGAAGGACUCAUCGCAACCAGUAUUUCAGCUUCGCAACAUUGACAGUCACACCUUGAACGAUUUGGUCAAAUACGCCUACACGUUGGAGGUGGACCUGAACGACGACAACGUGGAACGCGUCGUGAUUGCCGCGCAGUUCCUGCAGAUGGGUUCGCUGGAGUUGCUCUGCUGGGAGUACGUGGAGCAGCACAUAUGUGUCUCCAACUAUCUUGCCGUCUAUGCACUGGCCUCCAACCACCACCAUCCCCGUCUGGCCGCGGCAGCGCUGGAAUUGAUCCAUCUCAACUUCCUGCAGGUGGCGCAAAGUCAGGACUUUCUGGAGCUGGACGCGCAACAGCUGAUUGCACUGCUGGCAUCGGAUAACGUGGAAGUCUUCAGCGAGGAUCAGGUGUUGCAGGCGGCGCUGUGCUGGCUGGAUCACGACCGUCCCGGACGACUGGAGCACGCCGCCGCCGUUCUGCAGAUGGUCCGUGUGGCCUUUCUGAGCGAGCAGUGUCAACUGGAGCACUCGAUAAUCCUCACCAGCGCACUUAGGGUUACGCCACAGUGCCCGAGUCAAACAGCCGAUGAGACGACGCCGAGCGCCAAUCCACGGCCUUCAUACGGAGCACGGGAAGUGAUUCUGUGCCUGGGCGGAACCUGCCAGGAUCCGGUGGGCAGCGAGGAAGCCUCCGUGGACGUCUUCUGCCCGUCGAUCCCGGCCGUGUGGCGCUUGCGGGAUCUGCCCGAGCUCGUCGAGUGCUGCUCGGCGGCGAUGCUGGAUCCCGGCUGGCUGCUGAUCAACAGCAUGCACUGCGUCGGGACCGUACGCCGCAACAGCCACUACACCGGCCUGCGCCGCGAAUGGCACGAGACGGGCCGAGUAUCCACACUGCGCCAAGCGGGCGCGCUGGCCGCCCUGGACGGCCGCAUCUACGCAGCCGGCGGUUUUAGUCCGUAUGGCCACGGGAUGGUACCAUUGUCUUCCGUGGAGGCGUACGAUCACAAGAGCGAUUCCUGGAGCGCCGUGGCCGCGCUGCCCGUCGGGCUGAUCGGUUUAGCGAUGGUGGCGUGUGAGGGGCGGUUGUAUGUCUUCGGUGGAGGCGGCCCGGAGAGCAUUUCCAAUGCUGCGUUCUCCUACGAUCCCGCAGCCGACGCCUGGAGGCGACUGGCCGAUAUGCCGACCGCACGCAUCGGUUGCCGAGCGUGUGUGGCUCCCAGUGGACUGAUUUACGUCACCGGUGGAGAAACGUGGGAUAAUGCACUCCGUGUGCACGUGGAAGCGUACGACCGUGUUACCAAUCAGUGGCAGAAGAAAGGCAAUCUGGUGGAGGAGCGUUCGAGUCACGAGUGUGUCAGCGUGGGUGGGAGGCUGUACGUCAUCGGCGGGUUCUUUGCCGAAGGGGUGUACCAGGACAGCAUCGAGGUGUACGACGAGAGACGGACAGCUGGGCGCUGCAUGAAUGCCGGCUGCCGCAGGCCAAGUCCCAUUUUGGCUGCGUGGUGAUGAAGCUGAAGCGCGAAUAAAGAGGCCAUCGGCGCGCCAGUUAAAAGCGUAAUGUGCACUUAACUCCUAACCUUUGAUGGAUGGGAUGAUGAGAGGCGGAUUGGUUCACGUUACGUCGGGAACGGUCGGGUGGGAAUGGUAUACUGUACGUGCGGUGAUGCAUUGCUUUCUGUCCUGGUCGUAAAAAAUUCUUGUUAUACUGACUGGAUGACUUUUGUUUGGGAUUGCACAAGGUUGCGAUUUGCGGAGUUCGAGCUAACUUUUUUGUGGUAAAUGUUCUUGGU